GAAGGAAGUUAAAAUGGAGCAACACUGGUCGACAGUUUGUGCACUGCUUCUAGCACUCAGUGCAUUUGUGCACUAUGGCGUAGCUUUUGCUGCACAGAAGUCAGGAGUGUGUCCUGUCCCGGCGACUGGCUUCGGAGUCGGACUGUGUCAUCAUUUUUGCUUCAAUGAUAUGGACUGCCCCGAAACUGAGAAGUGCUGCCACAACGGAUGUGGAUAUGAGUGCAGGGCACCAUACAAAGCCAAGCCAGGAGUGUGUCCUAGCAGACUCUGGGGCUUCGGAAAGUGUGCUGAAUUUUGCACCAAUGACACUGACUGCCCCAAAGAUGAGAAGUGCUGCCACAAUGGAUGUGGGCAUGAGUGCAUGGCACCACACACAGUGAAGCCGGGCCGCUGCGCCCUUCCCCAGGGAACCCGCAUCUGUGCCGAGUACUGCUAUCAUGACGGGCAGUGUCCAGGAGAGCAGAAGUGCUGCAAGACAUCCUGUGGCCAUGCCUGCAGUGAGCCCUGCUGACUGGACGGCACAGAGACUUAGCUGCAACAGAAAUGUAUCAUGUUCACAACUCCAUGGUAAAACACUUUGGGUAGAAUAUUUGAGCACUGGAUGCCAUUUUAUGUGCCUGUACUUUAAGUAUGUACACAAAUCAAAUAGUGUUCUGCUCUAAAUGCGGAAGAGCAAAAGCCUAUAGAAUAACCUGCAAGAGGAAAAUAAUAUCCAUAAUAUUCAUACAUCGUCUUUAAAAAGGCCGACAGUAUGUUUGUGUUUUUCUUGAUUAGUUUACAACUUGAUUGAUCUUACUUUGAUGUCAAUGACACUUAGUCAGUAUUUCUGUAAGAGUAUUGAUAUUGUAUCUUCUAGUAUAUUCUAAAUGAAUGAAAAUGUACUUUACAUUACAUAUCAGUUUUUUGUAGGUGUGGAGCAAUUUUGUAUUUCAACUAAUAAACAUGU